UGGUAUGGAGAACACGCCUCCCUGAACCUACUGUAUCCGUAGCUGAUGUGAAAAGUCAGAACCUGCAUCUGUAAAUUAAGGUUUUAGGACCUGGGGCUCUACACGUCACAGAGGAGGCACUGAGUAGUGGACUUCUGGCUUGAACUACCAGAGCAAUCAAUUUCUCAACAGCGGGAGCUGCUUCGGACUGGGUGUCAAAAGCUAUUUCAAAUUCUGGUGAUUUGGGAUUAAGCGUCGGAAUAAAAGUGGAAUAUCGGAGCAAAACGAUAUUAAGGCACCAUCUGAUCAACUUUCUCAAGUGAUAUAAAGUAAAGAAGAGGAGAAGAGAGGGGGGCUGGAAGCAGAAGAUGCCACGCUGGUCAAUACAUGUACCAUGAGGAGCAGAUGAGAUCUAUGCUAAAGCUAUACAGGUCCAAACACUUCACCUGGAAACAUUUCACAGGUCACGUUGAGCCCAUGCGGUGGUCCAUGCUAGCCCUGCUGCUCCUGUCCUGCAGCGAGAUGUUUGCCCAGCGCCCAGGUGACGUCUGCCCGCAGAACGCCAACCGCGAUGUCACAUCCAAUCCUGCGCCAACCGUGGAUCCCAAACUGUUCAACAAGAGACGGUAUCGUUCGCCUCGCGUGCUUUUCAGUGAACUACCGCCGGACUCCGAUCCGAAGAACAGAGCCAAGAGAAAAGCGGGUCAACCUCAACACCGUGGAGUUUACUCCGUCUGUGAGAGCGUCAGCCUCUGGGUGGGCAAUAAAACCAAAGCUACAGACAUUUCUGGCAACGAGGUCACGGUAUUGCCCGACGUAAACAUUAACAACGUCAAUAAAAAGCAGUACUUUUUCGAGACGACGUGCAGCAGCGGGCGGGGUGCAGGUUCCGGGUGUUUGGGAAUUGACGCGCGCCAUUGGAACUCGUAUUGUACCAAUUCGCACACGUUCGUGCGGGCGCUGACUUCGUUUAAGAACCUGGUGGCCUGGAGACUGAUUCGGAUUAACGUGGCUUGCGUGUGCGUCCUCAGUCGGAAAUCGUGGAGGCAAUGAGAGUCUGUUGCUUUGCUACAUACGUGUUUGAUAUCAAAGCCGUCCACGUGACAUCGGAAUGAUGUUGAACAUUUUCCUCGUGCAUGCCGUUAAUGAAAACCAGGACAUAAAACAGACCAUCUGCUGGGAUAUAAUGUGCUCCUUAUUGGAAUCUACAGUGGAAUGUAGGAUUUGAACUUCAGUGUUGACGAUUCAUUUUUAUGAUUUUUGUCUUUUGGGAUAACCGUAUUAUGACAAGUAUGACAACUGAGGUGGUACCACAUGUAAAUACGUUGUUGUUUGUUGUAAUUGUUAUUUAUUAAACAGCUGCAUAUUGUUUUUUGUGGCCUCUUCAACUGUAGCUUUACAAACGUACAACCUCAUUGACAUCAAAGGAAACCGAACGUUCAGUCAUUUUUAAUAGAACAAA